AUGGAUUCCGCAAGUCUUUUCAACGUCAAGGGCAAAGUGGUGCUGGUCACCGGCGGAGCUAAAGGCAUCGGUCGCAUGAUCUCAGAAGGCUACGUUACAAACGGCGCCACCGUCUACAUUUCAUCCCGUGAUGCAAAGGCCUGCGACCAAGCGGUCAAGGAGCUCAAUGCUCUCGGCAAGGGCAAGGCCCACGCCAUCCCGGCCAACUUCUAUAAGCUUGAGGACGUGAAGAAGCUGGCGGAGGAAUUGGGCAAGCGCGAAGGCAAGCUCCACGUCCUCGUCAACAACUCCGGCUCGAACUGGGGCGCUCCUUACGAUGAAUACCCCUCCGAGGCAUUCACGCGUGUUCUCACCCUCAACCUCCACCGAGUCUUCGACCUGACCCAGCUUGUCACACCACUUUUGGAGAAGGCGUCUACGCCGGAAGACCCCGCCCGCAUUAUCAACAUUGGCAGCAUUGAUGGGCUCCGUGUUCCCUCGCUCGAGACGUUCGCAUACAGCUCCAGCAAGGCUGGUCUGCACCACUUGAGCCGGGUGCUUGCCAACCACCUGGGCAGACGCAAUGUCACCUCCAACACCUUGGCAUGUGGUCCUUUCGAGAGUAAAAUGAUGGCUGCCACCUUGAAGGAGUUCGGUGAGAGUAUUAAGGCCGGUGUGCCUCUGGGCCGCAUCGGCACCCCGCAGGAUGUGGCUGGAGCUUGCUUGUUCUUGAGUAGCCGUGCCGGUGCAUUUGUGAACGGCGCGACCAUCACAGUUGACGGCGGAAGCGCCAUCGCUGCCAAGCUGUAA